AUGGCUCCAGAAAAGAAGGACAAGAAGCGCAAGGCUACCUCCACCGCCGCUGUCGCUACUCCAGACCUUCCCAACAAGAAAUCGAAAAAGACUGCUGUAGCCGAAUCUACUCCCGCUUCCACUCCCAAGUCCAUUCUCAAGAAGAAGGGUGCCGAGGAAAAGACCAAUGGCGUUGCACAGUCAACUGUCCCAGAAACCGCCGAUGCACCAGCCCGAAAAAUCAAGCCCCGCAAGCGUGCCAGCGACUUUUUGAGCGACGAUGAAGCCGAUAACCAAAGCGAGGAGGAGACAAAGUCGACGAAGAAGGUAGAGAAGAAGGAGAAGGAUGCGAAAAAGACAGCCCCAGCCAAAAAGACGAAGAAGGUUGAGGUCGUUGAAGAGGAGUCUGAGGCAGAGGGUAGUGAAGGCCAGGAAUCCGAAAAUGACGAGAUUGACGACCAGACUGCGGAAUUGAUCAAGGGCUUCGAGAGCAGUGGAGACGAAGAUGCCUCUGAAGACGAAGGCUUCGAAGCUGGCAAAGCUGUACCUCGAAUUCCAGACUCGAAAAAGGCCAAGCGCAAGAUUCAGAAGAAACUGAAGGAAAAUGAUCAGCCCGAUGAACCUGGAACUGUAUACGUUGGACGCAUCCCCCACGGUUUCUAUGAACAUCAAAUGAGAGCCUACUUCUCACAAUUCGGUGAGAUAACUCGUCUCCGCCUAUCCCGCAACCGCGUCACAGGCCGCUCCAAACACUACGCCUUUAUCGAGUUCGCCUCUUCCGUCGUCGCCAGAAUCGUCGCAGAAACCAUGAACAAUUACCUCAUGUACGGCCAUAUCCUGAAAUGCAAAUAUGUGCCCCAGGAACAGCAACACCCGGAAUUGUGGAAAGGCGCAAACCGUCGAUACAAGCGUGUCCCCUGGAACAGAAUUGAGAAGCAGCGUCUGGAGCGUGGAAAGACUCGCGACAAGUGGGCAAAGAGUAUUGAGCAGGAGGAGAAGAGACGCUUGGCUAAGGCUGAGAAGUUCAAGAAGUUGGGGUAUGAGUUUGAGAUGCCGCAGUUGAAGGCUAUUGAUUCAGUGCCUGUGCAGGAGAAGUUGCCUGCGCCGGAGGCCGCUGCUGAAACUGCAAUUGAAGAGGCUGCGCCUGUGGAGGAUGCUGUUGCCGUUGUGGAGGAGAGUGCACCUGCAGCUGCUGCUGCAGCUGAGGAGAAAACGCCCAAGAAGAAAUCCAAAACUGCCAAAAAAGGCAAGGAACUGGUAGAACCCGAGGUUGAGACUGCUACCCCAGUCAAACAGGUAGAGGCUACUACUGCUACGCCAGAGACCUCAUCAGCCAAGAAGAGCAAGGCGAAGAAGGGAAAGAAGUCUGCCGGCAAGGCUUGA